CGCCGAGAACAGGGCAUUGUGGGAAACUCCCAGUCCCCGCAGCCGCCGCCGCAGCCGCCGCCCGCCCUGGUCCCGCGGAGAGCGCGCAGCGCCGACGUGGGAGCGCAGGGAGCAGCAGCGCCUAGAUAAUGCCCAGUGGUGAGCUGUCCUGAGCCACUGAGUUCCAGCCGCCUGUCUGUCCACGCACACCCCACGUAGCCUGCCAGCACCGUCCAGCAUGGAGUCCAGGGGAAAGGCGACCAGCAGCCCCAAGCCCGACACCAAGGCUCCACAGGCCACUGCUGAGGCCAGAGCCCCACCAGCUGCAGAUGGAAAGGCCCCUUCAGCUAAGCCUGGGAAGAAGGAGGCCCAAGCAGAGAAGCAGGAGCCUCCCGCAGCCCCCACACCACCAGCGGCCAAGAAGACCCCGGCCAAAGCAGACCCUACCCUUCUCAAUAACCACAGUAACCUGAAGCCAGCCCCUGCGGCCCCCAGCAGCCCUGAUGCCGCCACCGAGCCCAAGGGCCCUGGGGAUGGGGCUGAGGAGGGUGAAGCCCCCAGCGGGGCCCCAGGGGGCCGAGGCCCUUGCCCCUUUGAGAACUUGACCCCCCUGCUCGUGGCUGGGAGUGUGGCCGUGGCCGCUGUAGCCCUAAUUCUUGGUGUGGCCUUCCUGGCCCGGAAAAAAUGAUGGCUAGUGCCCAGGUGGGGGCACAGCCACUUCCUGUACAGAUCUCAGGAGCCUAGUGCAUGCCGAGCUCCCCCACAGUUAUCCACACACCCCUACAUGCGCACCAUAUAGACACAUAUACCCCCACACGCGCAGAGGGACAGACAGACAGGCCCCCAGCCGUGGAAUCGCAGCCCGCUCGCUGACCCCCAGCACUUCCCCCUCCCAGGCUCUGGGGUUUACUGCGCAGCACAGGAGGAGUCAUAGCACGGGGAAGUGGUCUUUGCUGUGGCCAGGGUACUGGGGGGCAGGGGGAAGAGAGGCCCUCGAGUGUGGCCCGCCCGCCUGCGUGUGCCAGCCGGUUCCCAGCAGCCUCAGGGGUCCCACGCGCUUCCUGGCAGACAGGGUUGGGUCGGGGUCCGAGAUGGGCUGUGACAAGGGCCCAGCCCAUGUGGGGACAUUAAAGGGUAUGGCUGUUUCACUCUCCCCACUUCUGCUCUUUGUUUGUAGCUGGGCAGGGUUCGGGGGGGGGGUCCAUGUGGGUAGGGCCGGGGCAGUGGGGUGACCUGAACCAAGCCUUCACAGUGGCAGAACUUCCGUGUCACCUCUGUCCACCACCUGCACCCUGGCUGGGUGGACAGACAGCGCAAAGGCCGAUCUGGGGGUGUGCCCACCAUUCACCUUCUAGCUUGUGCCCCAGGGGAGUGGCCAAGGCUGGGACCACAGCACUUCCUGCCCUGGGGCAUCCGAGAGCCUGGCAGGGAGGCCGGGGAUGGGGGCGCUGGUCGAGGAGGACCUGCCCCGGCAGCUGCGCUUGUCCUGCCCCUGUAGACCACCCCUCCCACCUCACCCAGGGCCCUUUGAUUCUAACAAGCGUAUAGAUGCAAUAACACAGAAAGGAGCUGCUUGGCGGACCCACGUCCACUGCCCCGCUGGGGAGGGACGGAGGGAGACUGCUGUGCAGCCCCUCAGCACUGUGGCCGUGGGCACUGUGGGCGCUGACACGUCCUUGCCUGGCCAGCCCACCCCUGGAACCCUGGGCCCGAUUGCAGGCUGAGUCUGAAAUAAACCGUCUUGUCUCAUG